CAGUUUGUUGGAAUAAUAAUUUGAGUUCAAAUGAAUAAAUACUUGAAGCUUGACUUUAAAGGUUAAAAUUUCAGAUGACAGGUCCGUGAUGUCAUUAAAAGACCGCGAAAAUAAUAACAAAAUAACAUAUCACAUAGAAUUUGUCAUUAUGACUGAAAAUAAUAGAUAAUUUUAAUUUAACAUAAUUUUAAGUUUGAUUAAGUUUUAAAAAUGGGUAUUCAAGGCCUAAUCACAUUUGUUAAAGAAGCCACCGAAAAUAUUCAACUCGAAAAAAUACGUGGAUCGAGAGUUGCUAUCGACUCAUACUGUUGGUUACAUAAAGGAGCAUUUGGUUGUGCUUCCAAAUUAGCAAUUGGCGAAAAAACUGAUCAAUAUGUUCGAUAUUGUAUGAACCUCAUAGAAAUGUUAACAUAUCAUGGUAUCACACCGAUAAUGGUUUUUGAUGGACGACAUCUCUCAGCGAAGCGAGAUGAAGAAACAAGCCGUCGAGAAGAACGUAAAAAGAAAAAAGAAAUGGCUGCGAAAUUACUACGUUCUGGUCAAAAGGAUAAAGCAUGGCGAUAUUUGGCCGCAAGUAUAGAUGUAACACACUUAAUGGCUUUAGAAUUAAUAAGAGCGUGUCGAGCUAAAAACAUUGACUGUAUUGUUGCUCCAUACGAAGCUGAUGCCCAAUUAGCAUACUUAAAUAUAAAUAAUUAUGUCGAUUAUGUUAUAACUGAAGAUAGUGAUUUAAUAUUAUUCGGAUGCCGUAAAGUAUUAUUUAAGUUACAGAAAACCGGCACUGCCUUAUUAUAUGAUAGUGAAAAAUUACCUGAAGUUAUGAAAUUAUCGGAUAAAGUUUACGAUUUUUCAUUAUUUCGUCGUAUGUGUAUAUUAAGCGGUUGCGAUUAUUUACCUUCGUUACCUGGUAUAGGAUUAGUUAAAGCGAAAAAGUUUAUUGUACGAGUUCGUGAUUUAGAUAUAAGAGAAUCAUUAGUCAGUAUACCAGUUCAUUUGAACAUGCCUAAAAUAGAGGUUACUUCUGAAUAUAUUGAAAAUUUUUUAAAAGCUGAAGCUACAUUUUUGUAUCAAUAUGUAUACGAUCCCAAAAAACGAAAAAUUGUUCGAUUAACUGAACCCCCAAGUGACAUAGAAGAAGAUUUAUUAAAACUAAGCGGAGAGUACAUUAAUGAAACAGAAGCUUUUCAACAUGCGUUAGGUAAUAUUGAUCCAUUUUCAAAGAAACAGUUGGAUAAUUGGAAUCCGGAUAAUGAGAAGCUACUACAAAGCAGUAUUUGGAAUCUCAAUCCAGAUAUUCGGCAGCUAAAAGAUGAAAAACCAAAGAAUGUUAAUCCUGGCUUCAGUGUUACUACAAGAUCAUCGAUUAAAAGGACAGUAAUUAUAGAGGAGAGUGAGGCAUUUGAGGGGGAUUAUUUGGAUGAAUAUAGAAAAAAUGAGUCGCAUAUAGAAAAAAGACAAAAAAUUGAAGAAGUUAUCUCAAAAACAGUUACAUCAAGUAACUGUUAUGUUAAAUUAUUUCCUAUUAAAAGCAAGACUGUAGUGGCAGAAGAGGCGAAAGUUCCAUGCAGUAUCGAAGAUUUGAAAUCGGAAAAAGAUGAAGAACUUUCUAACGAACACGAGUCGCCAGUAAAAUCACCAGUAUUAAAUACACGCCCUAGGCGUAAAAUAAUCCAAAGUAAAUUUUUAUCAUCUCGAACAAAAAGUGAAAAUUCAAAUUCAUCAACCUCAAUAAGUUCCUUCUUCAAAAAAUCACUUAGCGUUACAACGUUUAGUACGCCAGUAGACGAAACCGAAUCUCCUCCCUCAUCUCAAAAUUCAGAAAUUGAAAAUGAAACACCGCCAUCUUCGAUAAAAAUGGAACUAGAAAAUAAUGAAGGCGUGGUUGAAAUACCUUGUUUGGAAUCGUUAAAAAAAUUCGAAAAAUCUCCACUAAAAAUGACAAUAUUACAAUCGCAAAAUUCUCCCCCGAAAAAAGUAUCACCCAUAAAAAAAUCACCACAAAUAUUAGUGCCAGCAAGACGGCAGGGGUUGUCUAGGAUUCAAAAAUUAAAUAAACCUGCCGAUAAUUCAUCACAAAAAUUACUGUCACAAUUUGGAUUUACGAAAAAACCUUUAUUAGGACCAUGAAUUUAAAAAUUUGAAAGUUGAUAUCUCAAAGAAAAAUACAUAGCCGAAAUAAAACUAUGCAUUUAAGAAAGAAACCAGCAAUACAGAAAAUGCAAAUACAUCGUUAAAAAGUCGUACAUUCAAAGAAUAUAUAUGGACGCUGGCUAUUUUAUUUUCAUGUAUUUAGGAAUUAGUACACUUUUUUUCUUUUUCUACAUUGUCUUUUUGAUAUUUUUUAUACGAUGUGAAGAAAUUCUUUAGUAUGAAUCCAUGACAUCACAAGUGUGGAAGAUACAACAUUGAGUUUAUAUUAAAAAAAUCUACAUGUUUUCCUGAUUUCAUGCCUCUUUUAUGGAU